UUUUAUUGUAAUUAUAUCCCUCUCACCGGCACCGCAGCAGUCGUCGCGUCGCGCGCCUGAGAAACCUCAGAGAACGUUGUCGUCGGGCGAGAGGCAGCGCCGUCGCCGUUCAGAGGAGAGUCAUCUUCGUCGGCGUCCAGAGGAGAGUUCAGCCUGGCAAUAUUACCAUUUUGCCCAUCAUUCCCAGAGAGAUUGCACAGUAGCUUGCAGUAGCUGAAAGCCUGAAACAGUGAAAACAAGACUCUCCUCAGAACCUUUCAUUCUCUUUUGUUUUGUGUUGUGUUGUUCAUUACUUCACUGCCAAUAAUUGUUGUCGCAAAUUCCUUUUCCCGGAAAAAAGAAGGUCUCCUUUUUCUCAACCAACAACAAGGUUUUGUUUCCAGUGGGUCCUCCUCGAUCUUGUGGAUUAGGGAUUUCGUGCAUGGAUCCUGCUCUCAAGCUCUGUGCUUUGCUGGUUCUUAAUUUAUUAGUGAAUGAUGCUUUUGCAAGUGAUUUUGGGCACUGUGAGAGAGUUGUUAAGAGUUGGGCAUACACUUCCCUUGAUAAUGAAAUCAGGGAGGAUAAACACACGCUGGGGGAUUUGCUGUUCUUCCUCCAUGUGCCUAGGACGGGAGGGCGGACAUAUUUCCACUGUUUCUUGAAAAAAUUGUAUCCCAACUCUCUGGAAUGCCCUCGCUCUUAUGAUAAGUUGCGCUUUGAUCCAAGCAAACCAAAAUGCAGGCUGUUAGUUACACAUGAUGACUAUAGCAUAACAUCCAAACUUCCAAAGGCGAGAACUUCAGUUGUUACCAUACUUAGGGAUCCGGUAGAUCGUGUCUUUAGUAUGUAUGAAUUUUCAAUAGAGGUUGCAGCUAGAUUUUUGGUGCAUCCCAACUUGACAUCUGCAACACAAAUGACUUUACGCUUGCGCUCUAAGACCAAAGGAGUUAGUACACUGGAUAUCUGGCCAUGGAAGUAUCUGGUUCCAUGGAUGCGGCAAGAUCUUUUUGAAAGGAGAGAUGCAAGGCGCAGAAACGGACAGCAUAUAAUAGAGAAGGAUGAUUAUUAUGACAUGGAAGAUUUUGCAAUGCCAUUAUAUGAAUACAUCAAUCAUCCUGCAGCCAGGGAUAUUGUACAUAACGGAGCCACAUUCCAAGUUGCAGGUUUGACGAACAAUUCUUAUCUGGCAGAAGCACACGAAGUGCGCCAUUGUGUACAGAAGUACAAGAUUCUUGGCAAAUAUGUGCUACAAGUUGCAAAGAAGAAACUGGAUAAUAUGUUAUAUGUUGGUCUUACUGAAGAGCAUAGAGAAUCUGCAACUAUGUUUGCAAAUGUGGUUGGUGCUCAGGUUAUAUCACAGCUUAAUGCUCCAAACACUACCCUGGAGCUUGUUGAUAAAACAGAACAGAGUUCAGUUUUGGAUUUUGAUCCUGAUAGCAGUGAACAUCAGAAUAGUACCUCAGAGACAGUAGCAAGUGAGGUUACUUCAAGUGACAGUGGUGAAGCAACAAAGUUGAAGAUGUCUGCUAAAGAGCUCAUGGAUGCUUAUGAAGGCUGCAUCUCUAAUUUACGCAAGGCCCAGUCAAGCCGGCGUAUCGCUUCUUUGAAGGGGAUUUCUCCAGUGAACUUUACUAAGGAGGCACGGCUUCGAGUUAGUGAAGAUGUUCUCCAAGAGAUACGGUCUCUUAAUGACCUGGACUUAGAGCUUUACGAGUAUGCAAGAGCCAUUUUCGAUAAACAACAUAAAGCUACAAUGCGGAUGUUCACUGAGCAGAGAUGGGACAAUAUAUCAAGCAAUGCCUCUGAAAUCACUUUCUGGAAGUUCCUUCCAUUGGCAAUUACUUUUGCCUUCCUCAUUUUCGUAUCGCUACUAAUUGUAAAUGUGAGAAGAAGAACGUUGAAGAUUAAGUAAGAACUGUACUAAAGUGCCAUCUUUUUGUUCCUAGUUUUGUCCCUUCAUAUAGAAAGCUCAAUUCUCAAGUCUUGGUUGGGGGUUCUUUCUGUUUUAACCAUUUAGACAUUUCGGUGCAACUAUAAACUGUUAUGAUCAUGAUGGUAUUUUUGUACCAACCAGUUCUACACAUACAAGUAUAUGAUUAUAAGGAAAAUUCAGAGCAAUAGAUUGGGCCCUUAUUUA